AUGGCACUCAUAGAGAAGUCCUUGUUCUAUUCUCAACUAGCAUUCUUUUUGCUUCAAUAUGUUGUGACUAGUUCAGCCAUCAAGAUUGAAACCAACAUUACAACUGAUCAGACACUUCUGUUUGCAAUUGGAUUGGAGUCACUUGUGGCUCUAGGCACCAUAGACAACAAUUUCUAUGGGAAUCUGCCUCAAGAAAUCGCUCAUUUGCGUCGACUAAAGUUUGUGAGAUUGAGUUAUAACAACUUCAGUGGUGAAGUUCCUUCUUGGUUUGGUUUGUUAGCUCAACUUCAAGUUCUUAGUCUUAGGAAUAAUAGUUUUACCGGUUUAGUCCCUUCUUCACUUUCUAACAUUUCCAAUCUUGCAACUUUGGAUUUGGCCUUCAAUGCUUUAGAGGGACAGAUCCCAAAAGACAUUGGAAAUCUUAAAAAUUUGAGGGGUUUAAACCUGGGAAGAAACAACCUUACAGGUUCUGUUCCUCCAUCCUCCUCAAAUGCCACAAAGCUGGAAACUUUGUUUCUUUCUAACAAUUUCCUUCAUGGAAACAUCCCAAAUGGGAUCGGUGAUCUUCACAGCCUGAACUGGUUGACUAUAGAAACUAAUCAGCUUACUGGUUCUAUACCGUUCUCAAUUUUCAAUAUUUCCACCCUUGAGACUAUUGGAUUUUCCAAAAAUGGUUUAUCUGGUAAUCUCCCUACUGAUUUAUGUGAUCAUCUUCCUAUUCUCAAAGGGCUUUAUCUUUCUUUUAAUAAGCUGCAAGGUCAUAUGCCACAAAGCUUGUCAAGAUGUUACGAACUUCAGUUGUUGUCUCUGCCGAAUAAUGAAUUUGAUGGACCGAUACAUAGUGAACUUGGGAUGUUAAGUAACUUGCAGGCCUUAUAUCUUGGAUUUAACCAUUUCAAAGGGGAAAUACCACAGGAAAUUGGGAAUCUUGUUAAUCUGCUGAUGAUAGGCAUCGAGAAUAACCAGCUUACAGGGUCUAUACCCAAGUCGAUAUUCAAUAUUUCCUCACUACAACUUAUGUCGCUGCAGAAAAACAGUCUAACUGGAUCAUUACCAAGGGAGAUUGGAAAUCUUACUAUGCUUCAUGGUCUAUAUCUUGGUGAAAACAUGCUUACAGGUGAAAUACCAAAAGAGGUAAGCAAUCUCAUUGAGUUGAGGACUUUGAUUUGGGGAGUAACAGAUUGAGUGGUUCAUUUCCAAUGGGGAUUUUCAACAUCUCAGGACUGAGAUUGAUUUCUCUUACAGAUAGUAC